CGGAGCAUUACAUGUGGAUGAUCUUUAUACAAUAGGCACGACUACAAAUAGACUUUCUGACCUUUGUUAUGGUAUUGCAAAGAUAACUCGCUAAAGAGGUUAAAUGUUCUCUGUAAUGGCUCUGUUCAAAUUGACUAUCAACUUCAUCAGCAUGUGGAAAUAUAUGUCAUGAAGGUACAAUGUCUUCCCUUCGCAGAAUAUGUCGCCGUAUACAACUAUUGAGUUGCCGGCUGAAAUGAAAUCCUUUUAUGAUUAUAAAAUGAAAUGUUCUACAGCUAAUGUAUUCGUGUCAUAGAUAACUCAUUGGUACUGAGGGAUCUGCCCAGUAGUGUUACGCAACUGGACAAUCCAUAAGCAGCAGCCAUCAUGCUCCCAGAUCACCCGCUGAAACGCUUCAAAUUAUUUCGCUCCAAGGAUCUUGUCGAGUCAAAACCCUCCAAGGGGCCCGAGAAGUUGACCGAGGAAGAAUGGAUCAAAAAACUCAAAAAUUCCAAAAAAACGAAAGACUGGAUAGCUCCCUGUCUUUCAUCGGAUCUAUCGCUCGUGGCAAAGGUGAGGGUGCUUGACGUGGUCCCGUUGUCUUUCUACAAUGAUGAGUACGGGAUGAGACAACUUAUAAGAGCACUGGAGCGUUCCGGCUUGUCACAACUGGACCAGUUUAUACGCUACAAGUGGUUUCAUAAAAAUCUUAACAAUCGUCGUGUCGAUAGUGAACUCACAUGGUGCCAAGAGGUAGUCAAAGCAGAUAUAUUAGGGCGCCAAAUUGUGCAACGAGAAAUAUACAUCAAGGAACAGAUGCAUGCUCUGCGAAAAUCACUUGAUCUGUCCUCACUUUCCGAUACCGAUACGUCUAGUAUUCCAGAGCAUUACAAAGAACAGCAUAACAAGCUUGGGAUUUACGAAGAGGAGCUUCAAAAUAUAAACCGCGAAUAUCUUAUUCAUUAUCGAAAUCAUUGGAAGCUUCGGGUUGAAGCGCCGCGCGGUCCUCUGAAGUGGGCAUUCGAUGUUACGAACCAACGCUCAAUGUGGGCUUCACUUCCUUGGCUGAAGGAGGAUUGUGCCGGGCGCGGGGGCUGUUGCGCACGAAGUUGCGGAUGUUGUGCAAAACCGAGAGAUACAAACCGCCACUUGUAUAACCAGGGGCACUGCACCACAGCCUGCGCAUGUUGUAUCCAUGCUCAUACAAUCGAUGAUCAAAAUGCCUUAGACGAUAUCAAAGAUUUCCCCUUUGACGCGACAUCUCUACCAUGGAAUGGAUACACGCGGCGCGUAAUCGAGGCGUACAUCUUUCGCUUGGAUUCUAUCAGCCUGAAGCUCCAGUGAUAAGAUUGAGAGGCGUGAUCAACAUUUUGCGCGAGCAAAAAUGAUCCUGUCACACAAAUCAAGCAGCUAAAUGAUCUAACACGCCGACUCUACUCGAUCGAUGACUCUGGUAUCUCAGCUGUAUCUUGUGCAGUCGCCUCUUUCUAGAAUGCAUACGUCCAUAGUCUGUUGACGGAUGAUGCUAAACCACUGGCGUUGACGCUAAAUCCGGCUUGACCUUCCCUCAGUUAUUGAUCUCCACGAGACGUCUACUUACAAGACUUAGUUGAAUGGCUAUAGCUUGAAUAGAUAAUUACAACUCGUAUACUCUGUACCUUUGAGGAUCAGUCUUGUAAUCUAUAUCGACGUUUAUGGGACGCCAGGAUAAGGGGAGAUUAUCGGACCAACCAUGUUUAGUAUCAUUCUUAUCGAAU